AUGUCAAGGCAAGCUACUAUUCAGAGGAAAACAGGAGAGACAGACAUCGACGUCUCCAUUGAUUUGGACUGCCAACCUGGCUCGAACAAUGUCCAAUCUAUCAAUGUAUCCACAGGAAUCGGCUUCCUCGACCAUAUGUUCACGGCUCUAGCCAAACACGGAGGCUGGUCUCUCACACUCAAAUGCAAGGGUGACCUCUGGAUAGACGACCACCACACUGCAGAUAUGUCCAUGUACCGCGUUACACUGUACUCAACCCUGACACCAGCUGCACAGGACUGUGCAAUUGCGCUAGGAACCGCUUUCAAACAGGCCCUGGGUGAAGUCCGGGGAAUUCGAAGAUACGGAACUGGUUAUGCUCCUCUCGACGAGGCUCUGUCCCGAGCAGUAAUCGACAUCUGCUCUCGGCCAUACUGCUUCACAGAUCUCAAGUUCAAACGCGAAAAGAUUGGAGACCUCUCCACAGAAAUGAUUCCCCACAUCUUCUACUCCUUCGCCAUGGCCUCUGGAGCGACACUGCACGUCGACGUUAUUCGAGGAGAGAACGACCACCACAAAUCCGAAUCAGCAUUCAAAGCGCUCGCCAUCGCUAUCCGACAGGCCAUCGAACGCACCGGCGGCACCGACGUCCCGUCCACAAAAGGUGUCCUUUAAUCAACCAAUAAUCGAAUCAAGAUGAACCUGUACAAGAUCGAGUCCGUCGUAAAUUAUAGAUAGUUCAGUUG